GGCGAAAGAACAACGAUAAGAUACACUCUUACAAUAAUAAUGUAUAGACAGAGAUUUGGAACAUCUUCAAGAAUCUUUAUUAUCUUCAUCAUCGCUACAUCCAAUGUUUAUGUUCGAGCACAAGAGACCAACACCUGUAAUCAGAUGUGUAGAGAAGAAAAGAAAUACUGUACAAAAGACUGCGACAUGCCAAGACUAAGGCAUGAGAGCGACCAGUGUAAAGGACAAUGCAAUGAGGACAUGUUAUAUUGUCUAGAUCGCUGCAAUAACAUGGUAGAGCUAACACAUAAUAUUCCUGUGAGAAAUGUAGCAUUGGUUAAAAGUGAUGUACCCAGUGAAAAGCAACAAAAUGCAAAACCACUCUUUCCUAAUGUAUUUGAUGUAAAUUUUGUCAAAUUGUCAUCCGAGAAAAUAUUUGAUUCUCACCCUCCAACGACCAAUAUACCACCAAGCACCAGCGUAAACCCUUCAACGACCAAUAUACCACUAAGCACCAGAGUGAACGUCGACAAAAAUCAAUCAGAAGUCACUGAAAACUCUAAGAAAUGUGUUGCACAAUGCACCUCAAAGGAAUCUGAGUGCGAGGUUGAAUGUCUCAUCGCAUAUCAUGCAAACAAUUUUCAAGAUAGUGACUGUUCAUCCGGAUGUGAGAGGAAUAAAAACAUCUGUAUUAAGAACUGUGAAGCUGAGAGGAAUGAACCCAGGAGAACCGAGGAGGACAUCGUAGUGGCAGUUCCGGGUCAGGUUUCAAACCUCAGAAUACCAUCACUGUCUUUGGAAAGAGAAAUUAGUGUCUUAGAGAAAAUCUUAAUGGGACUUCCAUCCUCGGGCACGCAAAUGAUAGGGAAAUGGGUAUUGUAGAUUAUUUAAAUAAUGAAAUCCACUCAUUCUUGGCAUAUCAUUCCUCUUUCAUAAAUUGUUAUUUCUUUCAUUUUUUUUAACAUUUAUAUAUUUAUCGUAUCCAUUGUUUGAUCCAUUGUUGUUUAUAGAUUUUCA